UGAAAGCCUGUCCAUAAUCCAAGACACAAAUCACAUAAUUACUCCCUCCGUCCCUAUUUAUCUGUCCAAUUUUGAAAACUUCACGGAUCUUAAGAAAAUUUAAGUUUGAGAAAGAACUUCCAGCCAUGCCCUUAUUUAAUGUGUAAAAUACUGAUGGGAUUACUCAUUAUCCCAUACAAAUUUAAUUACUCUCAUAAUCACUCAAUCAAAUACACAGUCCAAUAAUCUAUUUUCGUCUUCUCUGCAUCCCAUCCUAUUUCACAAACAAAGCCAUAGUUUAUCAAAUUUCCCUCUUAAAAUUUUAGAGCAAAUUCAAGCUUUCCCUCUGCAAUGAUUUUUAUGAUGUUAAAAAUUUUGAAUUUUCCCACCAAUUUAGUCUAUAUAAUGGAACCUAAACACAAGCUUCAUUCAGAAAAUAAUCAUUGGAUGCAUCAUGAGUUUCACACGUGAUUUUGAUUUAAAUCUUUCACCGGGAUUACAUGAUUUUGAUUUAAAUCUUUCACAGGGAUUAGAAGAGAAUGAAGAAACAUUUACGGAAGGAGGCUCGAACAAUGCUGGUUUAUUUGAUCUAAACAUUCCCUUAGAAGAUUUGUCAGAAGAAGAUAUACGGGACCUGGACCAAAGCCAAGAAGAAAUAACAAGAAAUAUAAGUUCACAUGAAGCUCCUCUAAACGGAGAAGGAGAAGAAGUCGGAUCACAUGAUGAGACUGUAACAAGAAGAUUAAAGACGUUGUCAAAUGUUGAACGUCGGGAAGUUUUUUUGGCUUUGCUGCAUAGAAGUGUCAACGGAAAGCUUCGCCAUGGUACUAUACCUCUUAUUGCUCAACAAUAUUCUGUAUCAAAUCGUACUAUCUCUCGCAUAUGGAGAAAAGCAAAAGGUAUGCUGGACAGUUCUGUUGUUGAUGUUAGCCAUCGUAAAACAAAGAAUUGCGGGAGAAAAAGAAUUGUAAUUGAUUUUUAGCAAAUUCGGAGAAUUCCUCUUUCAAAAAGAACAACUAUCCGAUCACUAGCUUGUGCUGCAAAAGUGAGUAAAUCUGCCUUGCAUCGGAAUGUUCAAACUGGUGAUGAUCUUCGCCGACAUACGAAUCCUGUCAAACCUUUUCUAAAGGAGUCAAACAAGAAAGCAAGGGUGCAGUUCUGUUUAUCUAUGAUCGACAAAAAUAAUGAUAGCAAUGAUCCUAGAUUCAUUGGUAUGGACAAUAGGAUCCACAUCGAUGAGAAGUGGUUUUACUUAAGCAAGAAAUCUGAAAAAUAUUAUCUUCUCAAGGAGGAACGUGAUCCCGAAAGAACUUGUAAAAGUAAGAAUUUUUUAACGAAGGUCAUGUUCUUAGCAGCGGUAGCACGCCCAAGGUUUGAUGAAGCUGGUAAUGUCUUAUUCUCUGGAAAGAUCGGAAUAUUUCCGUUUAUUACUAAGGAGCCUGCAAAAAGGAGCAGUUCAAAUAGACCAGCAGGAACUCUUGUAACUAAACCAAUGACUUCUGUUGGAAGGGAUACGGUGAGAUCAUUUUUAAUCAACAAAGUUGUUCCUGCCAUUAUAGAGAAGUGGCCUGAUGAUGUUCAUAACACUACUCUAUUUAUUCAACAAGACAAUGCUCGGACUCAUAUUAAUCCUAAUGACGAAGAGUUUCGUUUAGCUAUGAACAGACUUGGUGUGGAUAUCCAAUUGUACAAUCAGCCUCCAAACUCUCCUGACAUGAACGUGUUGGACUUGGGAUUUUUCAAUGCAAUUCAAGCUUUACAGCAGAAGGAAGCCACAAGAACAGUUGAGGAGUUAAUCUCUGCAGUUGAGAGAGCAUUUGAAGCAUACUCACCCAUCAGAUCGAAUCAUGUAUUUUUAAGUUUGCAAUUGUGUAUGAUUGAAGUAAUGAAAACUAGAGGGUCCAUCGGUUAUAAAAUUCCUCAUAUCAAUAAGGUUGGUUUAGAAAGGAACGGCAGACUACCAUUUCAAAUGCCAUGUGAUGCAAAGCUCAUCGAAGACAUAAAUGAAUGGCUGAACUCAGAGCCAUAAUAGGAAAUCAGGAACCAUCGUGGUCUCCGUCACUACUGGGAUAGAUUUGCUAAGACUACUGGUCGCAGGGGAAAGAUUGUUAGAGUCUCCAAGAAGAGAUAGAUUUGCUUGCUCUGUUUUAAACCAGUUUUGUUGGAUUGAUAUGUUUGAAACAAAUUUUAGACUACUGGGGCACUCUUUAUUUUGUAGUUGUACUUGCUUUCUUGUCUCAGUAAGAAUUCAAUAUAUAUGAGUUUAGACCUUUUUAUUUAAUCAA